GUUUCCGGGUUUCAAUUGUCAAACAUGAUCACUCUGCCAGCCUUUGAUUUGCGGAAUGAUAUAACCCAUCCAUACUCUGGGGCCCUAGGAUAUAAGACAUCCAUAUAUUCAAACAAUCGACAGUUGUUGGUUAGUAAAAGAGAAGUGAUCUUAAUCAAGGGUUCAACAGUUUCAAAGAAACUUACAUAUGACGAGGAUGUUGUAACGUCGACCUACACAACCUUCAGCAACUCUGACUCUGAUGCAUUGGUUGUCUGCUUAAAAAAAUCAGCAUAUUUAUAUUUUCACGAUGGCACUUCAUAUGUGGUGAGUUUUCCAUUUGUUCUAAAGAAGGCAUUUCCAUUUGAAUCAGGAUUGAUCCUUGAGAAAGAUCAAUCUCAACCCAAUGUGAAUAACUUUGGACAUGUGGACUCUCCCCAAUUUAAUGCUGCUAAAUUUUUAACUUUAGUUGAUCCAAUAGAUGACUUCAAGAUUGUGACUACUUCAUCCACCUCGAUAAUAUCUCCUCUUGAAGAAAUGAUGUGGUUUCCAAAAGCCAAAAUGACUUCAAUAUGUGCAACAUAUAAUCCACACGACAAAUCAAUUAUACUAUACCAUAUUAGAAAUUCUAGGAGUGCUAAAAAAUCAACUAGCACCAAGUAUCAGAAGCAUCAAAAAUCUCUCAUAACAACACCUAAUCCUUCCCGUAUAUUAGAAGAUGACAAUGGAGCCAUUGAUGCCACUCAUAUCACAAGUGGAAGUCAGCCAGCUCUUUCUCUCAACAUGGAUAAAAAAAGAACUAGUACACUAUUAUCAGGUGUUUCAUCAAUGGCAAGAAUGGGGUCCGAACCCGGUUUCACAGAGCCUACUAAGAGUAAAUCAUCCUUUAACGCUUUAGAGUUUAGUGCAUUCAGAAAAGAUAUGAUUUUGACUAGGGUUGAUACAUUACAUCCCAAGGCUAGAAAAUCUCAACUUACAGUAUAUGGAAUUUCAUAUGAGGACCAAGAAGCCAUUAUUGUUUCUAAUAGAUCAGUUAAAGAAACCUAUGUAUAUAUAUUCAGCCAUUCUUCAACAUCCCUGAUCCCUCGCUACCAAUCAUGUUAUACUUUUAGAUGUAAUCAUGCCAUCCCUCUUAAUAACAUUAACCAUCCCGGUUGGUUGCUUGUCUUGAAAAAUGAUCAUAUGUUGUGCAUGGUACAUCCAUUUUUGGAUAUUCACUCUCCUAGUAUUGAUCUUUCAGGUAACUAUCCUGGGAUCACUACAUUAUUAAGCUCAUAUGACGAUGAGUUGGCUAUAUUAACUAAUAGUGGCAAGACUUACAUCGUGACCUUGGUUCUUGAACCAUCCUCUGCAUUAGUUCAAAGAUGUAUGCAAGUCUUCAAGUAUCUUUCUGGAUCUAAACUUGACCAAACUGUAUGGGCAAUGUGGCGCUCAUCCCUUAUGUUAGAUGGGAAUAAAAAUGAUUGGAAAGCAUUUACAUCUACUCUUCUUGCAAUAACGUAUGAUUUUCAAAAGGGAACACAUUGCGUUCGAAACGAAGUCACUGAAUUGUUACCUCAAGCCAAAAAGUUGAGCGAAGCUUUUAAUUUAAACUAUUCAUUUACUGACCUAAUUCCUUACAUUGUUCUUUCUUUGCACUUAAUAUAUGAAGAAAUGAAGUUAGAUGCCUUGGCAGAAAAAAGCAUGAAUCAGGUGGGGGUUUUACUCACACAAUAUAUCAUUUGGAUGGGAUGGCAUGAUAAAUGGACAAAAUAUUAUAUGAUCGACCAUCAAGUUAUGGAUAAAGAAGUUAGAUUUCUACUGGUUCUCGUUCUUGAAUUUCCUCCCAACUUAUUAGAAUCCUUAACUAGCCUUUUCACUCAUAAAAUUAUCAGGUAUCUUACAUUUUCCCAACUAGUUGAAGAGAGUGACUCCGUGGAUGAAUUAAUCACCCCAAGAACUCAUAAAAUUCUUAAGUUAUUUGAACUUAUAGUGUCCCCUGACUUUGGCCCGAGCGAUGUGGUGGAUUUAAUGUGUGAGUUUGGAAUAACCAUGAGUGAUCUUGAAACCUAUCCGGCUGGUAUAUACGUGCCCCUUAAGGAGUGUAUACUGAUUUGCCAGGAAAACCCUGCAUUUGAAUGGAAUAGUAAGACUUUAGAACUUGUGGGCCGAAAAGAUUUAAGUAUGCUUUUGAAUUCAAAGUCUCAGCCAGUACCUUUAUAUAAUAACUUUUCCAAUGCUGCAAAUUAUGCCACACGAAGAGACGUUAAUAAUAUCGUGGCAAACAUCUUGGAUAAAAAUGAUUACGUCGUUGCUUGGGACGGUCAGUCCGAAGCUGAUAGAAUCAACAUCACUAAGCUUAUAUUUGAUCAAGACAGAAGAUACUACGAGAUCACAACUCUCUUGCAUCAAACAAGGACUCAAACUGCAACUUUGGUUACUGAAGAAAACAUUGGUGAAUAUGACAUUGUCUUGCUACAAAGAGAACUAGCUGCUUUGGUAGCUCUCAGGACUUUAUCAAUUCCAAUGGGUAGGGCUGCAUUAUUUUUCGCAGGAAGAAUGCCACUUUUAACUGAGAAAUUCCCCAUUCCCAAGUUCAAUCUCAACACGUUAAUCGCUCCCACGAUGACGAAUAUCAUUUUGUCUGAAGGAACUAUUAAUGAAGGUAUCAAUGAAUGGGGUUACUUUCACAAUGGUGUUUCCUCAGGAUUGAGUAUCAGUAAGGAGUCCAAAGGUAUUUCUGGUAGCUGGAUUAUAUUCAACAAGCCUCCCGAGCUUAAUUCUCAACAUGCUGGUUUCUUGUUGGGUUUAGGACUCAAUGGGCAUUUGAAGAAACUAGAAGAAUGGCAUAUUUAUAAUUAUCUAGGACCGAAACAUCCAUUAACGAGUGUGGGAUUAUUAAUAGGUAUGGCUGCAAGUUUAAAAGGAUCCAUGGACAAUAAAUUAACAAAAGUGUUAUCUGUCCAUGCUGUUGCUCUUUUGCCUCAAGGAGCUAAUGAUUUGAACGUCCCGAUAAUGGUUCAAACUGCUGGAUUAAUUGGUAUAGGGUUAUUGUACUUAGAAACUCAGCAUCGACGCAUGAGUGAAAUUUUACUUUCACAACUUCAUGGAUCCGUGUUUCAAAAUGAUAAUGAAGAAAUUCAUGAAGGUUAUAGAUUAUCUGCUGGUCUAGCGCUUGGAUUCGUAAAUUUAGGAAAGGGUGAUGACUUAAGGGGGUUGAAUGAUACACACGUAAUCGAUAAGUUACUUUCCUUAGGGACCUCGAUGAAGGAUUAUCAACCAGUACAAGAAUUGGACAAAUCAAGCUCAGGGGCUCUUUUAGCUUUAGGUUUUAUCUACAUGAAGACCGAAAAUAAAAUAAUUGCUAAUAAGCUAAAAGUUCCAGCUUCUGAGCAAUUGUUAGAUUAUGUUAGAUCUGAUUUGUUAUUAUUAAGAUGUGUUGCUAAAAAUCUUAUAAUGUGGGAGUCUAUAGGUGAAACAAUCGAGUGGGUUGAAAGCGAAAUACCAGAAUCCUUACUUAAGAAAUAUUCACUAGGAGUAAUUGAAGUCUUGGAUAGUGAUCAGUUACCAUACUUUAAUAUAUUAGGAGGUGCCUGUUUAUCAAUGGCUGUUAAGUAUGCGUCGAGUCAUAACAUAAAAGCAAGAGAUACUCUAUUACAUUUCUUAGACGUAAUGAUGGUUAUUUCAAUGUCACCGGCCAAUAAUUACGAUCAAAAAACUGCUUAUAACAGUGCUAGCAAUAUACAAAACUUAUUGGCAUUAUGUCUUUCAUUAGUUAUGGCAGGUAGUGGAGACUUGGAAACUUUCAGAAGAUUAAGAAUUUUGCACUCGGAAACGCAUAAAGAAAUGGGAUACGGUAAUUACCAAGCUAUAAAUAUGGCAUUAGGUUUCUUAUUUCUUGGUGGGGGACAAUAUGCUUUUGCUAAUUCGAAUUUUGCAAUUGCAUGUCUAUUAAUUUCAUUAUACCCGGUGUAUCCAAACGAAAAUACUGAUUACGAAAUACAUUUACAAGCUUUAAGACAUUUUUGGGCAUUAUCAGCGGAACCAAGAUGUCUAGUCAUUAGAGAUGUUAAUACCAGGAAAGCAUCAAAGAUUCCCGUUAUAAUGCAUUUGAAAAAUGGCGAAAUGAUUGAAACACUAUCACCGUGCUUAUUACCCCAUUUAGAUGAAAUCAUUAGCAUUAGCACAAAAUCGCCAGAUCACUUUAAUGUCAAAGUUGAUUUUGAACUUAAUUCCGAAUAUCUUGAAAUCUUCAAAAAAUCCUUAACUAUAUUCGUGUAUAAAAGACGCAAUUACCAAUUGCUCAAAUCGUCAGUGAAUGAACUUUUGAAUAAUGAAAACAAAUUACUUCAAAUACAAAAUGGAGAAAUUCGAGUUAAUUCAGAUGUUUUCAAGUUUCUUAACUUGAAUUUGAUGAAAAAUUCAAAUGAUUUUGAAAAACAAGUUUUCCUUUAUGAAAGUAUAAGUGAUCAUUCCGAAUCUGAUCCCCAAGUCAAUUCCUCAGGGUUGUCAAUCUUUAACAUCAUUGAUAACAAAAUUGAACUCGAAAGAAUGGCUACAAAACCGAAAACCAUACAAGAUCUUUGGAACAUAAAGCUAUUAUUCGCUUUCAGUGAUCGAUUAUUAAAUGAUCAACUACAUUACGUUAGUCUAGAUUUUAUCGAACAACUCAAGCAACAAGUCUGGGAUCUAGCUAAUAAUUAAUCGGUCUAAACUACAUUCAUCCCAAACUGUAUAUAUAACCACUCUAAUAGAAGUUGCAUUUCCUUUAUGGUCCCAGUACUGCCAGGUCUCUAAAGUGUAAGCAAUAGGAGAGGUAUGAACAAUAGUCACUUGAUUGAACUUGAAUGUCUAUCACAUGCUUAGCAUUUUUCAUAUCACAAUAGCGUUAGACCGUAGUUCAUUGGCAUUGGCACACGAUCGUCCACAGUAUAUUGUUUAUUUCCCUCGUACUUCUGUGCAAAAAUUUUUUUGAUUUUCACC